AACCAAUUACUCAUUCCAUCAUAGGUUAACUGAUCCGGAAUUUGUCAAAAAAGUUAUGAAUUCUACAAAAUCAAGAACAGCAGAGCUGUACACUGUCGAGGCAAUUAAGUCGUUGGAUAAAGAAUUUGUUGAGGUCAGUAAGCAAGUAAAAGUUAUACAUGCCAGCAGAGUAUAAGUAUAUUUCAAAUCAUUUUCCCAUUUUUGCCUAAAUAGGAACAAGUACUUGCACACGUGAACAUUGUCCAGGUCGACACAAGUCAAAAAUGGUUUAUCCGAGUCUGUACUUCCUGUGAUUCUGAGACUGAACCAUUUGAGGGUAUGGAAUGCUGCCCAAUCUGUCAGAGGAUUGUCCCAUAUCCAGAGCUAAGAUUUCGAAUGGUUGUUCUGGCUUCCGAUGCUACUGGCUCUCUCCAAAUCAUACUACGUGAUCGGGAGAUAAGAAGCCUUAUUGGGAAAAGAGCUCGGGACAUUGUACCUCAGGAUCAGAGUUCAGCACACUUGCCACAAUGCUUCAAGAAUCUGGCAGGCAGACCAUUCACUUUCAAACUCGAGAUAACAACUGCAAACAUCGGGAACCAUAGUGCACUGUACUGGGCAACAAAUGUUUGCAACGGCUUCAAGAUGGAGGCCACGCAACCAGAGCAGCAGCAAACAACAACACAAGACAUACAAGCAACAACAUCAAACUUUCAGCAACCUUCUGAUCUUAAUCCAGGAUCAUCUACCAUCACCAAAAACUAAGGAAGUAUCAGACAAAUGCGGAUAACAUAUUACGAGUUUUCCCAGCC